UCCUGUCCCCUUCCAGCCUGCAGGUUGCAAGCUACAUCUCACUUCUUUAUUCUCAGAAUAUCUUCUAUUCUUUCUUCUGUAAUCACGGCCUAGAGCAAUUUCUGUAUCUCUCGCUAUGACAAGACACUUUUCAACCGCAUUCAAUUACGAAUCUCGAUCUUUCUUAUACUUUCGAUAUUCUUAUGUCGUUAUUCCAUAAAUUUUAAUUAUUUUCAGAGAAGCGGCUUUCUUUAUUUCUAAUUCGAUCGAGAUAUAUUAACAAGGUUAAUCAUGUGCUACCUUUUAUCUCAUUCAUCGAUUUAAGAUCAAAGGCCAAAGAUCACAGCGUAAACCUUUUAUAAAUGCACUAGUAUGUAGCAUUAAGGAAACACUGGAAUUCAACUGGGUUUCGGAACUCAAAAUGAAAUGUCACGACCCUAAGUUACACUCAACGUAACAAAGUACGAUACACCGCGAUGCCUGAUUAAUGUUUAAUGUAGACAAGGGCGCACAUUUCUCCUCAGAUCCAACGUUUUUCAAAUUCCAACGUUGACCAAAUUUGCUUGGUCAUAUUCAUCGACGAAAAAAUAUCAGCGCGACGUUGUACUUUGGUUGAUUGCAUUCCACUGAUAGCAGUUCGGCACAAAGAUUAGAACGAGAUCAUCCGAUUCAAUAGCACGCACGUCUUAGUCGUAGGCCCAGAGACGUGCUUCCUUCCAUUAUCUUUUCACUGUUUGAUGCGAGUAAACGCAAGACGUUGCUCAUUUACACAUCUCCUUUGCUUAAUAUCCUCUUCAUCUACUCAAUCGCAUCUACGUCUCGAUACUCGAGCUGUGAGAAGUUCGAGAAUCUACACGCGCAAGCAAACUAUAUGGCCAAAUGUUGCGUCAUCUAUGAUUAUUCUUAUUAUUAUUAGCUUCCAACGAAGCUAAGAAGUAUUCACUAGUAAUUACUAGUAUUUACUAAACAUUCGUUGAAGAAAGACGCGUUUAACGAUCGCGUUGCAAUGGACGCCAUGGACGACUAGACUUUGAUUGCCAGACAGCGAUAUCGUUAAGCCAAUUAUGCACUAACAAUACAAAAUUCUCAUAAAUCACUUUCAGAUUUGUCCAUUUACUAGCAAUCAACAAAAAACAAUGUCGACCAUCGUAGAUUGGUACAAAGACGUUAUAAACAAUAAAUGUCAUCCAUACACGCAGGAUUGGUUUCUCGUGUCAGGACCAGGUCCUCUGGCGGUAAUUCUCGUUACCUAUGUGUAUUUUUGCCUAUCCGCUGGACCAAGGUACAUGAAGGACAAGAAGCCGUACGAAUUGAGGAAAACCAUGAUCGUGUACAACUUCGUUCAAGUGCUAUUUAGUAUAUAUCUCUUUUAUGAAGGAUUGAUGGCUGGGUGGCUGCAUGACUACAAUUACUCUUGUCAGCCUGUUGACUAUUCGGACAAUCCAAAAUCUAUCAGGAUGGCUAAGAUUGUGCACUUUUAUUUCAUGUGCAAGUUGACAGAGCUUUUGGACACAGUAUUCUUUGUUCUUCGGAAGAAGAGUCGUCAGAUCUCAACCCUUCACGUGUAUCAUCACACGCUAAUGCCGGUUUGCGCUUGGAUCGGAGUCAAGUUCCUGCCGAAUGGCCAUGGAACGUUCUUGGGCCUCGUCAACGCUUUCAUUCACAUAAUCAUGUACAUGUACUACAUGCUGUCUUCGAUAGGGUCACACAUGAACAAAUAUCUCUGGUGGAAAAAGUAUAUAACGAUGCUCCAGUUGAUUCAAUUUGGCAUGAUUUUUAUCCAUACCAUUCAACUAUUUUUCAACGGAUGCAAUUAUCCGAGGCCUAUUGCGUUCCUGCUCUUGCUGAACGCGACGAUCUUCAUCUAUAUGUUCGGGUCGUUCUAUGUCAAAAAUUACCGUAAAAGACAACGAACACAGAUAAAAGAUGAGCAAAUAAAUAUGGCGGCGAAGAAAGUGGAGUGAAUUAA